AUGUCUCGCCCAUUCCCAUAUACCUUCAUUUCCUGUCCGUGUGCAGACACGCCAGUCCUCGAUCCUGCUCGAAGGCGCCGAUCGCGAGAAACCCCCAGAAAAUCUGCCCCCGAGCGACCGACAGCCACCGGCGAAGAGACCAGCCGUCCGCAGCAGGCGGAUGAUACUGUGGACAAUGACGAGAGUGAUGACGAUGAGCAAACAUUUGACCCUCGAUCAUCCAGGUCAAACUUCUCUCUAUACCCGCCCGAACAGCUGCUGUAUUGCGAGGAUUGUCACCAGAUAAAGUGUCCACGAUGCAUAACAGAAGAGAUUGUGAGCUGGUAUUGUCCGAGCUGCUUGUUCGAGACCCCCAGUAGCAUGGUGCGCAGCGACGGUGGUCGAUGCGGCCGAAAUUGUUUCAAUUGCCCCGUCUGUACAGCCCCAUUGGCUGUCAGCACUAUUGAGAGCGUGACUGGCAAUGCGAGCGGACAGGGUCCCUGGGUGCUUUCGUGCGGGUAUUGUAUGUGGACGACGCUUGAUAUCGGCAUCAAGUUCGACAAGCCCACCAAUAUCCGCAGCCAGUUACAGAAGAUGACCGACUCCACGACCGGGCCUGCGUACGAUGUUCGAUCUCGCCAAGGCUCACGAGCUUUCAGCGACCUCAAGUCUCCAUUGUCCAAUUUUGCUUCCAUCGAUGAGCGGUCGGCUGCAAGUGAACGGGAUGCGGAGCAACCAGAGUCCCAGGAAGACCAGUUGUCCACGCCUCAGCUCGGUGCAGAAGCCCGGUUCGCGGCACUGAAGAACUUCUACCGAACUCAAAUCUCAGAGACGUCCACUUCACCGAGCGAUCCUCUCAGCUCCGAGUUUGGGUUCCCAUCGCCCGGAGCGUUGAACCGACUCAUGUCUCUCUACGCAUCCUCCUCCCGACUCAGCGGACUCUAUGGCGGCAACAAGAAACAAAAGUCCAAACCCCCCGUCAUGCGUGAAGCCCUGACGGCCAGCGAGGGUCUGCGAAUUGCCCCGGAGGACCCCGACUCGGCGAUCAUUGACCGCAUCGCCUCGCCCGAAUGCGGCUGGGACGGCGUGGCUUCGAUGAGCCAACGGACCGACCAAUCGCCCGACAUUCGCUUCGUAGACGAACUUCUCCCGCUUCCUGCACUCCUGCGCACGAAACGCGCCAAGCGGUGCAAGUCAUGCAAGCAUAUCCUCGUGAAACCAGAGACCAAGCCUCAGUCCACUCGCUUCCGAAUCCGUCUGAUUGCACUGAGUUACAUCCCUCUGCCCACGCUGCGGCCCCUGGCUCAACCGGCUGUCUCCCCCGUCAUAGCACCGUCGACUUCCACCUCCACCCCGGAUUUGAAUGCCCUGACCCCGUUGCGAACGUAUCAUGUUCUGCUUACGCUCAAGAACCACAUGUUCGACCCCGUGCGUAUCACCCUCGCGACGCCCUCCGUGACCCCCGGCGCGGUCGCCACCAAAGUGACCGUGCUCUGUCCCCAAUUCGAGAUCGGCGCCAACAGCGACGUCUGGGACGAAGCGCUUCAGAAUGCCACUGCGCCCUUGAGCGAUCGCCUGGCGGGUAAUCGGGGCGGAGAAAAGGUGCCCGAGGCCGGCAAGGUAUGGGAGAAAGGUCGGAACUGGACAACCGUCGUACUGGAAGUUGUGCCGGGCACUUUACCCGGUAUGAAGGUUGAGGAUGACGGGGUAGAAGCCGAGAGUGGCAAAGCCGGGACACUGGGAAACGACGGGGAUAUCCUGGAGAUCCCCGUCUUUGUGCAUAUGGAAUGGGAUGCCGAGGCUCAGCUGGAGCAGCAGAACGUGGGCAAGGCCUCCAAACCGGAUGAUCUCGUGGCGAGGGAAUUGGCUUACUGGAUGGUCCUGGGAGUUGGUCGAAUUCAGCCAUAUUGA